GGACCUGUUCGAAGGAUUACGUAAAGGAUUGCUUUAGUUUGCUUUGAUUCUGUCAAAUACGCACACAAAAAGCAACAUUUCGGGCUGCUGUCAGUGACCGAACCGACACAGCACAAAUACUUUUAAUUCGAGUUGGAGAAAGCAUUUGUUCAAAUUUAUUACAAAUUGUGAAGAGCCGACACCGGCGCCGUUGAUAUCCACGGAAUCUGAGGAGUUGCAGUGACGAUGGCCCAAAAAGCAGGAAAAGGUGAUGGAAAAGGCAAAGGGAAGCUGAGGAGCUCCAAGACCAAAGGAGGUGAAGGCGGUGGUGGCGAUGCCGACGACUACGAAGCCUGGAUGCGGUCUCGCCAGCUACUCAAGCCGGACGACCAGCUGGACCUCACCGAAGCCGAGUUGGGCGAGGAGAUCACCAAAGCCCUGACGCCUACCAAUACCAAUAUAGUUCGCAACCUGGUCGUUUAUAGCUUCAAGGAGGGGGAGUUCGUUCUGGCACCCCUGCCGGGCAACACGGUCACCCUGAUCUCCUUUGCCGGCAACUCACUGCACGUUGACUCGGAGGAGGCGCGCCGCCAAAUCGAGGAGUCGGACGAGAUCGGCUACCCGCUGCCCAUGCCCAACUAUACGGUGGUGGAGCAGCGCGAAGUGGAGGCCGGAGACGGGGAGGAGGGCGAAGGCGAGGAGGAUGAGGACGAUGGCGGGGCUAAAAGGUAAGACGACGGGGGUGAGGAGGAGGAGGUCGAGGAGGAGGACGACGAGGAGGGCAAAGGCACUGAGGGAGACGAGGGCGAAGGAGAGGGAGAAGGUGCUCCUCGGGACGACGAGGAAACAGGUGGCGGAGCCCGGGCAGUGGCUGUCUCCUCCAAGAAGCGCAAACUCAUCAACCAGUUCAACUACUGCGAACGAGCGGCCUUGACCUAUACAAACCCCAAGAGAAAUGUGGACACCCAGACCAUUCCCCCACCCCGUUCCCAGUAUGGAGCCAAUGUGCUGCAAUGGGUCAUCUAUGACUCAUAUCUGGAGAACUUUGCGGAGCAGCAGAAGGAUGGCGGAAAAAAGGAUGACCGGAAGCGGGGAAUGCGCGCCAAGAAGUUCCGCGACAAGACCGCCAUUGCCGAGCAGCUCAACAAGAAGUACCUCAAGUGCUGGCAGAUCCUCGAGCGGAUGAUCAACCAGAAUAUCUACGAUGACAUUGCUCACGACUAUCGCUAUUGGGAAGACCCGGCCGACGAGUUCCGGGAUGGAGAGGGCAACCUUCUGCCCCUGUGGAAGUUUCAGUAUGACAAGACCAAAAAGAUGAAUGUCACCGAUAUCCUUUUCAAUCCUAGCUACUAUGAUCUCUUUGCCGUUUGCUUUGGAUCUCAUGACUUUAUGAAGCAGACUAACGAAGGCUAUCUGUGCCUCUUCACCGUCAAGAAUCCCUCAUUUCCCGACUAUAUCAUCCAAACUGACAGCGGUGUAAUGUGCUGUGACAUCCAUCGUACAUAUCCCUUUCUGGCCGUGAUCGGACUAUAUGACGGCAACGUGGCCGUCUACAAUCUGCGAGAGGACUGCAAGGAGCCACUUUACGUGUCCAAGGGAGUGAACUGCAAGCACGCCGAGUGCGUGUGGCAGAUCAGGUGGGGACCCGACAUGCCCGAUGGCGAGGUGAACUUCUUUUCGGUGUCUUCCGACGGACGCGUCUUCAACUGGAUUCUGAUGCAGAACAAGCUGUGGGUCACCAGCAUCAUUACCCUCUACAGGGACAAUACCAUUGUGGAUGGUCCAGACGGAACCAAAGUCAGCCUAAAGAGCGGCGGCUCCUGCAUUCAGUUCCAUCCCGUUGAUCCGAAGAUCUUCCUGGUGGGCACUGAAUGCGGCUUCAUCUACAAAUGUAGCACAUCCUUCAGCUCCAAGUACCUUAUGACCUACAUGGCCCACAACAUGUCCGUCUACCGCAUUGACUUCAACCGCUUCAACAGCAACAUCUUCGUGUCCUGUAGCGGCGACUGGCGCGUCAAGGUCUGGGAGGACAUGCGGGCCGAUCCGCUGUUCAUUUUCGAUCUAGGCGCCGCCGUGGGAGAUGUGAAAUGGGCCCCGUACUCCAGCACCGUGUUUGCCGCCGUGACCACCGAGGGCAAGGUGCACGUCUUCGAUCUUAACGUUAACAAAUACAAGGCCAUAUGCGUUCAGGCCGUGGUUCCCAAGCGGAAGAACAAGUUGACUAGGCUGGCUUUCAACGAGAAGCUGGCCUUUAUCGUGGUGGGAGAUGAAAAGGGCGUCACCACUUCCCUCAAGCUCUCGCCCAAUCUCCGCAUGAUGGUUAAGCCGCCCAAGAAACAGCUCUAUUUGGACCAGAACACACUGCAAAUAUCCAAGUUGGAGAAGCUCCUCUCGCUGGUCCGCGAACUACCAGAGGGAGCGGUUAUACAGGAUGCAGCCACAACCGUCAAGUCGUAAUCCUAUCUAUAUAUGGUCUAUAUUUUGAUGGUCAAAGCAGAUAAACACUCGAGUCUGAUUGCAUGUAUUAUAUUUUACACAUAUAGAUCUGCUGGUUCUAAAAGAAUCGUAAUGCA